UGAUGUGUCGUGUUGUCAAAAGUCAAAAUCGAAAUGUUUCGUUCAAAAGUGCAAUAACUUUGUUUAUCUUCAAGCUACAUAAAAAAUAAACAUUCAAAAUGGUUUUAGCGGAUUUGGGUCGUAAAAUUACGACCGCGUUGCAAUCGUUAACGAAGGCGACCAUCAUAAACGAAGAAGUACUAAAUGGCAUGCUUAAAGAAAUAUGCGCGGCCCUUCUCGAAGCCGACGUUAAUAUUCGUCUUGUUAAGAAACUACGCGAAAAUGUUCGGGCUGUUAUUGAUUUUGAUGAGAUGGCCGGGGGUCUUAAUAAGCGACGGAUGAUUCAAAGUGCAGUUUUUAAAGAAUUAGUUAAACUUGUUGAUCCUGGUGUGAAACCAUAUCAGCCAAUAAAAGGUAAACCAAAUGUUAUUAUGUUCGUUGGAUUACAAGGUUCGGGUAAAACCACUACUUGUACUAAAUUGGCUUAUCAUUAUUUGAAGAAAAAUUGGAAAUCUGCUCUUGUUUGUGCCGAUACAUUCAGAGCGGGAGCUUAUGAUCAGGUUAAACAAAAUUGUACAAAAGCAAGAAUUCCAUUUUAUGGGAGUUACACUGAAGUAGAUCCUGUUGUUAUUGCGCAAGAUGGUGUGGAUAUGUUUAAAAAGGAAGGAUUUGAAAUAAUUAUUGUAGAUACAAGUGGUAGGCAUAAGCAAGAAGAAUCUUUGUUUGAAGAAAUGUUGGCUGUAUCAAAUGCAGUGAAACCAGAUAAUAUAAUAUUCGUUAUGGAUGCUACAAUAGGUCAAGCUUGUGAAUCACAAGCUAAAGCUUUUAAAGAAAAAGUUAAUGUUGGUUCGGUUAUCAUCUCGAAAUUAGAUGGUCAUGCAAAGGGAGGUGGAGCCCUCAGUGCAGUGGCAGCCACAAGCAGUCCUAUUAUCUAUAUAGGAACCGGUGAACACAUAGAUGAUUUAGAACCCUUUAAAACAAAGCCUUUUGUAAGUAAAUUACUUGGAAUGGGAGAUAUCGAAGGUCUUAUAGAUAAGGUUAACGAAUUAAAACUAGACGAUAACGAAGAAUUGCUUGAAAAAAUCAAACACGGACAAUUUACCUUAAGGGAUAUGUAUGAACAAUUUCAGAAUAUCAUGAAAAUGGGACCAUUUUCACAAAUUAUGGGAAUGAUUCCUGGUUUCAGUCAAGAUUUUAUGUCAAAAGGAACAGAACAAGAAUCAGUGGCACGUUUAAAACGUCUUAUGACCAUUAUGGAUAGUAUGAGUGAUAAUGAACUUGAUAGUCGUGAUGGUGCCAAGUUAUUUUCUAAACAAAAUGGACGUGUUAUUCGUGUAGCUCAAGGAGCUGGAGUAACUGAACGUGAAGUAAAAGAUUUAAUAAUGCAAUACACAAAAUUCGCUGCUGUAGUGAAAAAAAUGGGCGGUAUUAAAGGUUUGUUUAAAGGUGGCGAUAUGGCAAAGAACGUUAACCAGGUGCAAAUGGCUAAAUUAAAUCAACAAAUGGCGAAAAUGAUGGAUCCUCGAGUGUUACAUCAAAUGGGUGGUAUGGCAGGUUUACAAAAUAUGAUGAGACAGUUGCAAAAUGGGGCGGCUGGAGGUUUAGGUGGAUUAGGUAAUCUUAUGAGUGGGUUUGGUGGUAAAUAGAUUUUUUAUUUUCGAAAUGUUAAUUUCUGUUCUUCCUUGAUUAAAAAAAAGAUAUAAAAAUAUGUAAUA